AUGAAGUUUCUUCUCCUGAUCCUCCUAUCCUUCCUGUCUGUAGCUCUUGCCAUGAGAGAUCAAUCGAUCGCUGUCCAAGGGCAAUUGCUCUGUGGAAGCAAGCCAGCAGCCAAUGUUAGAAUAAAGCUGUGGGAGGAGGAUUCGGGACCAGAUCCAGAUGACCUUUUGGAGGCUGGAUACACUGACGGUGAUGGAAAGUUCCAUUUGUCGGGAGGAGAAGCUGAGAUGACUCCAAUUGAUCCGAUUUUCAAGGUUUAUCACGACUGUGAUGACAUUCUUCCUGGUUCCCGCAAAGUCAAAUUCCUGAUUCCAAAAUCCUACAUCACCCAAGGAAAAGUUCCGAAGAAGACUUUUGAUCUCGGAGUUUUGAAUCUUGAGACCAUCUUCCCGAAGGAGGAAAGAGAGCUCAUCGUCUCCAGAAAACGUCGUCAUCACCCAAAAGAUAUCAUGGAGGAGGAAUAUUGA